AGAGAAAUGUGAAGCGCCAAAUGUUAAGAUGAAGAGCCAACACCCUCAUCCUCUCCUCUUGUCUACUGUUGCACUGACUGCUUUGCAUAUGGGCUAAUUCUAUAGCCCAUGUACAUAAUGGCAACAUUCGAUGCUGGCACAGAUGCGGAGGACUUGUUGGCGUCUAUCCACCUUGAGCGGUAUCUCGACCGCUUCAGACAGGCGGGCUUUCUCUUGGCCGGGGACUUCUGCCACAUCGAUAACGCGGCGCUCAACAGGCUGGGCGUGAACGCCACUGGGCACAGGAAACGUAUCCUCAAACUGGUGGAGAACAUCCAGCAGGUCUGCCAGCGUCCAUCGAAGGAACCCCAUUUGGACCAGUGUCAGUCAGAGGUGGCCGUUCACAAAGCGACAUCAGAGGAGCCGCGAUCUCCCUCUGCGCCUGGUAAUGCUGACCUCUCUUUUGAAGCCGUCCCCGACAGCUCCCAGUUCCCAGACUCCUCUGCCCUUGUAAAGCCUCCGAACUUGCAAACGCGAAGCAAUGCUGUGGUAAAGCCAGUGCCAAAACCCAGAACGGUCUUCAACAAACAAAGAACGGAGCUCCAGCCUGCCUCCCCAGUGCAAGAUGUUCAGAUCUGCAAGAAACCCUCACAGGAUUCCCUCAGUCAGACAAGUAUGGACGACUCUUCGGGAGAACUGAUGCUUGACUCUUCAGUAGAUGCCUCAGUGGACCAAUCAGAGAGCUUAAGCCAGCGGAGGUUGAGCAACUCCUCCUCGACCUUAGACCCCAGCGGCCCGUUACCCCCGGUGCCCCCAAGACUAAAUCGUGGGGCACCACCUUCCACAUUUAGAGGAGCACCUGACCAGGACUUGCUAAGCACUCCACCUUUGUCCUCCAACCUGGACUUUCCCUUUAGCUAUCAGUGUUCUCCAUUCACCUCCAAGACUGGUUCUCCAUGCACCAGCUUAGAGAUGGUCUCUAACGAAAUUUACUGCGGCGGUUCUCCUCCGUCUCACUGGGCUCGGAUGAUACCUGCCCCACCUCCACGCCAAGAGUUUAACACGUCCUCUCACAACAAUAGCACUUUAAAUAACAGUUCACCUGAACCACCCAAGAGAAUGUUGGUCUCCUCUGAAGACCAAGAUGAAAUGAUCAAUCCAUACUGUGAAACAGUCUUCCAAAGCAAGAGGCAGUAUCAGCACUUUGAGGUCGAGAGACCCAAAAGUGAAGAAGGAACUGGAGCUCUGAAAAGAGAUGAAAAGAAAGAGGAUAAGCGUAGAGAUAGCCACGGGCUUCAGAACCAGACCUGGCUGCAGCGGCUGUCCCAGGCCAUCCAGGGGGAUUCCCAGGGAUACUGUACGGUUGGGGAGUCCUCUCCCCGUUCUUUGUCCUUGCCACACGACAGCCUGUACCCCUGCGAGCAGGACGAAGACCAGAUCAUCUCACCCUACGCCAGCUUCACCUCGCUGUCGGAAACGGUGGCGCCGAUCCUGUGUGGCUGGCUGGACAAGCUCUCUCCGCAAGGAAAUUAUGUGUUCCAGAAACGCUAUGUGAAGUUCGAUGGCAAAAAUCUCAUGUACUAUGGCAGUGAGAAGGAUUCUUAUCCGAAAGGUGUGAUUCCGUUAGCUGCCAUUCAGAUGGCUCGUGCUGCCAAGGACAAUAAAUUUGAAGUUGUUACAAGCCACAGGACUUUUGUCUUCCGAGCUGACAAUGAAGUCCAGAGGAGCAAAUGGUGCAGCACCCUUCAGGAACGAGUCAAGGAACAGCUGGUUUUCGGCCGCCCACGCUACGGCCCCGGUAGCCACUGCCAAAAGAGUGGCUUCCUGGAGCUGAAAGGGACCAAGUCUAAGGUCUAUGCUGCCAUUUACACCGACCAGGUUUGGCUGUAUAAGAAUGAGCAGUGCUUUAAGAAUGGUAUCGCAAUCACUUUAAUAGAGUCGAGGGGAGCCACUAUCCGCGACAACAAGAACAAAAGUUUUGACCUUAUAACUCCUUACAAAACUUUCAACUUCACGGCUGAGUCAGAGCGGGAGAAGAGAGACUGGAUGGAGGCCCUGCAGGAGUCGAUAGCAGAGACGCUCUCUGAUUACGAGGUGGCUGAAAAGAUCUGGUCCAACAGGUCUAACAAGAUAUGUGCCGAUUGCAAAGCCAUUAAUCCUGACUGGGCCUCAAUCAACCUGUGUGUAGUCAUCUGCAAGAACUGUGCAGGCCAACACAGAGGUCUGGGCACAAUGAUUUCCAAAGUGCAGAGUUUGAAACUAGACACCAGUGUGUGGAGCAAUGAGAUUGUUCAGCUGUUCAUUAUGCUGGGGAAUGACAGAGCCAAUGAGUUCUGGGCCGCCAGGCUUACCGCGUCGGAGGAGCUGGAUUGUGACGCAACCCCGGAGCAGCGGAGGGAGUUUAUCACGCAAAAAUAUCGCGAAGGCCGUUACCGCAGUCCUCACCCCGGGUUCAGCACACAGGAGGAUCUACUGAAGGCGCUGUGCACGGCGGUGACCGAGCAGAACCUGCUGAAGACGGUCACUCAGAUUUUCGCGGAGGCUGAGGCCGCCCGUCUCACUGACACUAAUGGACACGAGAAGCAUUUGUCCCUGCAUUACUCACACGCACAGGUCACCUCGGAUCCUGGAGUGUAUGAUGAAAUCAUGCAGCCAGUGCUGUACUCUGGGUACCUCUACAAGUCAUGCUCCUCAAACAAAGGCACAUUGUCUCGCAGGACCAGAGAAGAUUUUCAGAAGUACUGGUGUUCAGUGGAGAAGUCUCUUCUCUUCUACGAGUCUGACAGAUGCCAUGAGCCCAGUCUGAAGAUUGAUGUGAAAGAUAUUAUGUGUUUGGGAGUCAGUAGACCAGACUCAAGCAGCAACAACGGCUUCAUAGACAGGUUUCGGUACACGUUUGAACUGUACUUAUCGUCUGAGAAGCUUGUUCAGUUCGGCCUGGAGACCCCAGAUGCUUUGCACUGUUGGGCUCGAGCAAUAGGAAAGGCCACCACUCCUCUGAGUUGCCACUGUUUGUUGACGCGGGAGUUUGAGCGGGUGGGCAUGCUGCGUUAUAAGGCGAUGCUGGACCCCCAGCAGUGGAAAGAGGGUUAUUUUGUCCUGCAGAAGUCCAACCUGUUCAUCUGUCCUGGAAACGACGGCGCAGCGGAGGACAUCAUCAACCUCAAACGCUUGCAGGAGCUCAGUAUUGUUUCGGAGAUGGACGGUCAUGAAAAGAAGGAUACUCUGGUUCUGGUCGAGAAGGGAAGGACGCUGCACCUGCAAGGAAUGGGCAGGACGGAUUUCUCUCUGUGGUACGCAGACAUCCAGAAAGCAGCCGGAGGACGAGGAAACACUCUGAGAGACCAGCAGCUCAGCAGGAAUGAUAUCCCCAUCAUUGUAGACAGCUGUAUCGCCUUCAUCACUCAGUAUGGAUUAGGACAUGAGGGAAUAUACCGGAAAAACGGAGCGAAGUCUAGAAUUAAACUGCUGAUGGAGGAGUUCCGUAAGGACGCCCGGAAUGUGAAACUGCGUAUCGGUGACAACUUCAUCGAGGAUGUGACGGACGUACUGAAGAGGUUCUUCCGCGAGAUCGAUGAUCCCAUAUUCAUGGCGGACCUGCACCCUUUCUGGAAGGAGGCUGCCAAGAUAUCCAAUAAGAUGCAACGUUUGGACAGAUAUAAGGAGCUGAUUCGUGGUUUGCCCCGCGUCAACAGGACGACCUUAGCUGCCCUCAUCGGUCACCUUUACAGGGUGCAGAAAUGUGCUGACCUUAACCAGAUGUGCACCAAGAACCUGUCUCUGCUCUUUGCCCCUAGUCUGUUCCAAACAGAUGGCAAAGGGGAGCAUGAAGUUAAAAUCAUCGAGGACCUCAUCGACAACUACUUGUAUGUUUUUGAUAUUGAUGAAGAGCAUCAAACUCAGAUCGAACUUGAAAUUAGUCUCAUCACCACGUGGAAGGACACUCAGCUCUCCCAGGCAGGAGACUUGAUCAUUGAGGUGUAUCUGGAGCACAAGAUACCAGACUGCUGCAUAACACUCAAAGUAUCUCCCACUAUGUGCGCUGAGGAGUUGACGAACCAGGUGCUGUACAUGAGAAAUGUACCUGCUGGAGAAAAGGAUGUGUGGAUGACCUUUGAGGCCAUAGAAGAUGGAGAACUUGAACGACCUCUUCACCCCAAAGAGAAGGUUCUAGAACAAGCCCUGCAGUGGUGCAAAAUGGCUGACCCUAGCUCUGCUUACCUGGUCGUUAAGAAGGUGCCCAGAGGAGAAGCUAUCGACAUUUUUACAGCGUACAAGAGUGAGAUUGUGAAGUGUGGCGUUUUGAAGUGCCGAGAGGAGCCUCCCAAACUUCUUCAGGGAAACAAAUUUCAGGAGCGGACAUUCCAGAUCCGAGAACACAAAUUGCUUCUAAUGAAGGACAAGAAGUGCACAAAACCGGAAAAGGAAUGGCAACUGAAAACCAUGAAGAUUUAUAUUGGAAUAAGGAAAAAGCUGAAAGCUCCCACAAAAUGGGGUUUCACUGUGAUGUUAGAUAAACAACAGAUGUACCUCAGUUGUUCCAGUGAGACAGAACUAUGGGACUGGAUGACCAACCUACUAAAAGCACAGAACGAUGAUUUGCGUCCCCCAGUGCUUCGACGGCACUCUUCCUCUGACAUCUCCAAACAGAGGUUUGGCACCAUGCCACUUGUGCCCAUUAGAGGAGAGGAGAGUAACACCAACUCCACCAUGCUCUCUGCCAAUCAGACUCUGCGAAAACUACAUGCACGAAGGACCCUCUCAAUGUUCUUUCCCAUGAAGAUGCAGCAGGAUUCGUUUGAGGAGAGACCGGAGAGCCCCGAGCCGCUCUACGAGGAGGUCGGUGACUUUGGCCUGCAGGUGCUCAAGUCCCUGGAGACAAGCUUCCUGUCCAGCGCUCACGCGGAGACGCAGGAGGUGCCCGGGCGAACGGUGAGCCUGGGCCCCAGGAAGACAGCUUCGCUGGAUCGCAUGAUUGGGCCCAACCCCGUCCACUCCGUCGGAGAAGAGGGGGUUCUCCCUCCCGCCGCCUCCCUGGAUACCCUGGUUCAGGAGGAGCCCCAAAACUCCCAGCAGUUCCUCAGCUGGUCCAGGCAGAGGAGAACCUGUAACCCGUCGCAGGAGCUGCUGUUGCAGGAGCUCUCCUCAGUAUUCACCAAGAAGCCGGAGUCAGAGGGAGAGCAGAGUAUCGAGAAUCCCAGCGAACGAGACAGCGGUUCCUCGUAAUGAUACCGACGGCUGGACUCUUGGCCAGCCCUGUGGGAGGCUGGGGCAUUCUCAGACUAAUCCACGCAGCAUGUGUCCGGCCUGUGGACUGUCACACAGUUGUUAUUCAGCUGUUACACGACAGAGUCGCCGCUUCACUGUUACAUACCAAAACUGGAAUGACUUUAACCAAUGUUGUACAGGUGGGGUAACCCACACUUAGGAGAAUACAGUGCCAGUACUGUGCCAAAGCUGUCACUAUACCUAACACUUGCCACCUGACCCCAGGCUACCCAUUCUGAAUGUUUAGAAUAUGUGCAGUACUGGGCUAUAUUUAGUUCACGUCCAAAACCACACACACAACACUCCUCUGCUUUGAAUCAAACCACUGUUUCUGCUCCUUUGGAUCUGUAUGACUGGGAGUUCAGUUCUGUCAGACUGUAGUUUUUGAUUCUGGUUCUUCUUAUUGGGAGUGCAUCUUUUUUUUAAUUUUUUUUUUUUUUAUCCUUUUUUAAGAUUUGUUUCCAAACUGUAAGACUUCAGUCCACAGUGCGUCAGACUUCUGUCCACAAUAUUCAUCAAGUAAAACUUAGAUCAGAGUUUCCCUAAAUCCAGACCUGAAUGGCUAAAAAUCAUAUCACUCAACCUCUCUGGCCACAGACUCACUAGUUACACCCUUGAUUUCUUGAUCAAAAUCAGGCUUUAAUUAAGACGUGAGAGCAGCAUUGGGAAACCCUGGUUAGAUGAUAACACUGUUCAGAUUUCUGUAAGCUGGGAAAGAUGUCCUGUUAUGCACGUCAAGACCAUUUUGCUCUUCACAUUAUCUGCUGAGAUCCGAUCAUUUCACGGUGCUUUGUUUUCAAGUCAACCAAGACACACGUAGGACUGCAAAGACUCACUGCUGACAUCAAUAGGCAUCAAAUACCCAGUCAAAAAAAAAAUUCGCUCGUCUGAAGUCUUGGCCUGAAAUUGUUGCGUGUACACAGUCUCUUGUAUUUAACUUAACUUAUUUAUAGAAUAUAUACUGGACUCUGAAAAGUUACACACCUUUUAGAUACACUGUGAAUAAAAGAGAUGGGUGAACACUCAGGAAUUUCUGCAGGCUUGACUUUUGAACAGUAGAGGGCAGUGUAGAUGCAGCAGAUACUUGACGUGAACAAGUUGUAUUCCGUUCCUUCAUUUCACAAGUUGUGCCACUCCUCAUCCUAAACCAACUAAUGAAAGCCAACGCAAGUAACACAGAACUUAUUAGCUACAAACACGAGCCUCUCAGCUUGUUUGUCUGUUACACUGUCUUUGUUUAGCCCUGAGUUACUGGAAUCAUUCUAUGUUAAUGUAAGCCUUGUUAACAGAGUGAAAUCAGUUAUAAAUGCAAGCAUUUCAGUUUUGGCACCUUUGUGCCCUGUACAUUUUGUGAUGUUAGACUGUGUAAAUGAAGCAGGACUGUGUAAUGUCUACUGCUUUCUGUAGCCUACACUGUACUUGAUGUUUUCCUCAUGGUGUUGAGUUGGGUUCAGUGGUAUACUGUAAUGUACAUAAUGUGUAUUCCUUCAGUAU